AUGCUGGUGCCAGCCCACUUCCUGCUGCUGCUGCUGCUGCUUCUAGGGGCCCCCAGGCUGGGCCUCGCCCAUAAGUUGGACAAAGCGGAGUCCAUCUUCCGCUGCAUCAACAUGGCCCUGUCUGAGGCUAAGAACAGCCAGCUGGAGGAUGCACCCCUGCUGAGCAAGAGAGGGUUCCCCUACCUGCCCAGCCAAGACCUGUCCUCAGGAGAGGACGAGGAAGAGGUCAAGAACAAAAGGACCCUCCCUGGGGGUGGCAGUGAAGCUGGAAGGCCCCGGUACAAGUACCUGCCCCCAGCGCAGCUCAGGCGGAGGCUGUCCCAGGACAAGACCAAGAGUGACCGGCGCUCCAAGCUCACUCUGUCCCUUGACGUCCCCACCAACAUCAUGAACAUCCUCUUCAACAUCGCCAAGGCCAAGAACUUGCGAGCCAAGGCAGCGGCCAACGCCCACCUGAUGGCACAGAUUGGGCGGAAGAAGUAG